AAAUCAUUGCUUUUGCUUUGAAUUUUAUCUUUAUCACAGAUUUCCGCUUUGUUCUCUUAUUUCUUGUUGGCUGUGCGUCGGUUUCAAUUUGGAUAAGCAGACAAAAUUUGUAAAAACAAGCUAUUUAUCCGGGAAGCAAGUGGUGUACAUCCCAACAGUGUUUCAAAGUGUCUCAUACAUUUGACAAUCUGUUUUGCAGGCUAGUCACAUCUCCAAUGAAUGAAGCGUACUUUGACAACCUCAGUGACGUUGAAUUACGUCAGGAACUGAAAAAGUAUGGUAUUCCCGUGGUGCCGAUUGUUGAGACCACCAGGAAUCUAUUGAUAAAAAAACUCAAAUACCAUGCCCUAAAUAAUGCCAACUCUUCAGCCAGCAAAUCGAAUAGACGUAGCCUGCAAGCAAUGCCUUCAACCACAACAACAUCAACAAGACGAAAUGUUUCCCCUGGAAGGAGACGAACACACCAUUCCUUUGCCCGUCCUGGUACGAACCAUCUGGACCCCGCCACAAAUAUGUCGUACUCCAAUGGUACUUCGUCGUCAGAGCACAUGGAAGAAAAACAUAACUAUUUGUCGAAUGAAGGCAUGCCAUACUUAUACAGAGACUAUGGAAGAUCAAUUGAAGAAAGGAAGAAGCCAGUGCAAACUAAAUCAUCUCCAAAAAUAUAUGUACCACCACCAAUACUGUCAAAUGACGUCCAGCGUUCCACUAAACGAUUUGAAACGCCAAAUGUUCGAGAUAUAAAACGGACUCCACCCUAUACGGGAAACAACGAAUCUUCCGGGGUAGUCAGUCGAUUGUUAAAGCUGCGGGAUAUAUCCAUAAGAGGAACACACAAUACAAGUCCUUCUUACGUUGCAAAAAAUCAUUUUACAUACUCAACUGAUUCGGACUCUGAUAGCGGCAGCCCAACACGGUUUUCAAUGACAAAAAGGAAACAAAAUAAAUCUAUUCGAGAAGUGAUUUGGAGCAAACUAUAUAUCAAGGGGAAAUUAAAGCAAUCAUCGGUGCCAUAUGUCUUAAUGUGUUGUUUGGGACUCUUCUUCGCCGUUUUAUCGAUUUUGUAUAUGACCAAGCCACCAGACAUGCCUAGUACCAUGCUGGAGAGAAGUACUUCGUUUGUGUUGUGCGACGAACAAGGAGGCAUAGUCUCCAUGCCAAGGCCAUCUAUUGAUUGCAUCAGUCACGAAUUAAUUGCACCCUCUCUGACAUUGUGCAAGGAACUUAUUCAGCUGCUUCAACAAAAUACAGAGGUUCAUUAUUGUCAAAAUCGUGAUCAGAGCCCAGAGGUUACAGUUUCAGAAUUUCUUAAAUACCUAUACAGGAAAAGAUCUUCGGAUGGCCAUAAACUUUUGAAAAGUCUGAAGUCUGCACUCUACCUAAUCGAGCAAAAUCCCCAGUGGAAGAUACAAAUAUUCAAUUCUUCCGAAGACCCCGACACGAUGGAUAUAUAUAGGGAUGUACGAUUCACUCUAUUAAAACCUUAUCUGCCACUGAAAUGUAUUCUAAUGAAUAAACUGCAGCGUUUCCUCUUCAUAAUUGGUACAACAUUUCUAAUUGCUUUAAUAUGUGUCGCUACGUUUGUUAUCUGGCGUCUAGUACGACAAAGAAGUGAGAGAAAAAUGCGGGCAAUAGAAAAUUUCUGCAAAGAAAUUGUAAAGGAACUAAUGCAGAGACGUGCUCUGAAAAACGACUCAGGGGAGGUUAUUAUUCAUCACCUGCGCGAUAAACUGAUUCCCCUAAAUAAGAAGAAAUCAUUAUUGGGCGCCUGGAAUGAGGCUAUACACAAACUGGAAUGCAACGAUAGUCGCAUACAGUUCGGUACAAUUUUACACAAUGGCGAAGAAUUUCGUACAAUGAAGUGGUGUGAAUCUGCUUGUCCAUCGCCCUCCUCCAGUUUUUUGUCUUCAACCACAACGUAUGACAAACAAGACACUGGCAAGCCACAAAAGAAGCAAUGGCAAAGCCCAGCCUUUGAUAAUGUCAACAAAAUACUGGAUCCUCCAACAAACUGCCUCAAAGUUCGUCACAUGUUCGACGAAACAAGCCAGCCCGAUCUGCAGUCUGUUAUUGAAUCGAUCCUUGAGAAAGUGGGACCUCAGUGUCAGAUCUACGAUAUUCAGUUGGAUCGUCAAAACUGCUGUGUCUACAUUCGCUGUGCCAGUGAGAAAGAUGCUGGCAUUGUACACAACGAAAUCAAUGGAUGGUGGUUCGAUAAUCGACUGGUCUCAAUCAAAUUUUUGCGAUUGCCGCGUUUCCUUGCACGCUUUCCCAAUUCGACGAGUACAACACCGCUUACAAUUCGAAAUAUCACAACAUAAGCAAUUUCGGUGAGGCAAAUAUCGAAGAUCGCACAUCUGCGUUGCAGAACUGAAUCAAGAGUAAAUGUCAGCAUUUCUUUAUACGGAACAUACACAUACUUAUGCUUAUGUCAAUGUAGUAAAUAGGAUUCAUUUUACAAAGAACGAUGUUUGUAAGGUGAUGUUCGUAUGAUUUAAGCUUUUACGAUUAGAGAAAGAAAAGAAAACAAAAAUUAAUGUAUUUAAAAUAGGUCUGUUAUUUUAUAUGUAAUCGGAUUUUUUAAAAUAAAAAAUGCUUAAAUUAUAA